AUGAACUACCUUCUAUUCUUUCUAUUGGUUACUGUGACUAUCUGUCAAGAUGAAUACGGGUGUGAAGACUGCGAAUGCCCGGAUCUUUUCGACAAAUAUGAUUCUCUUGUUGGUGAUAAAAGCAGCGUUUUGUAUACGAAAGAAGCGGGUUGUGUCUAUAACAUCACUUGUAUGACUAGUAUCCCCUAUCAUUGGACUUUAGUGAUGUUUCAUUUCAACGAUUCAGAAAUCCCUCUACCUGAUAAUGCUUUUGAUUACGCACUCGCCAGGGCUUCGAAUAUCGAGGCACCAAUCGAUUUGAUUGUGAACAUAUUUGAAUUUUUUGGAAUGGUUUGUGAGAAUAGCGAGUGGUAUUUCACCAAAUACCCGCAUGGAAUUAGCUAUAGAAACUCUACGGGAGAAUACAUUAUUGGAGCCGACGGAGAACUGGACGGGAAAAAGUCAAAAAUUGAUGAAUUUUAUUGCACUCCUCUAUCAAAAUAA